GUUGACCACACAGAUUGACCACUUUGUUGACAAAGAAUAGAAGAAACUUGUGUUCAAAAAAUUUAUAAAAUGAGAAAAUAUCUUAGUUUUUUUAUACUCUAUUUCUUGCAUAGUUCAAUAAGUGCAAAUGACGAAAGUUUUAUCAAUGCUCAAGAGAUUAUGAAACUAAUAAGAGGAGGAGGCUACAUUAAGCCUUACCCAGAAGAAUGUACUACCAUUUUGAAGCUGCUAGCUCACUCUGCCUCUGAUUUUACAUUGUGUUCUAUUACAAAUGCCAAACCCAUAACACUGUGUAAAAACUGUAUCACCGACUAUUUAGCAUUCUCCAAUACUUAUCAUAACUUGACAACCACAAUAAUAAAUGGGACCUCAUGCGGGUCCUUGUUUAUCUCUCAAGACAGAUUUGAUGUUGUUUUAGAAUUUCAUGACCGCAUUACAGAUAUUUGGAAUAAAGGACAUUGUGAUGAUUGUUUUGACUUCUCAGAAGGGGCAGCAAAACCUUCAAAUAACACAAUGAAGUUUAAUAAAAUGUUUGAAGACACCAUAAACUGUAUUAACAGUAACUUGGAUCCGACAUCGAACAAUACUGAUGAAGUUUGUGUUCAAUGUAUGCAAUCUUACUUAGCCCUAGACAUGUUUUAUAAGACAUUGAGUAAGGAUUCCAUUGGUGUUGACACUGUUUGUAUGGACACAGUUGAUUCAAUGAAUACUACAAGAUCCAUAUGGAGCAAGACCCUCAAUUGCUGCAAGCUGAGAAAGACCCCCGAGGUCAUAUUCUUGUGUUGUACAGCUAUCAUAUCACUUUUACCACUGCUGUAUUAUGUUGCUGUCAGAUAUUGUGGCCCCAUCAGAGAUUUACCUAAUGUUCUCAAAGAAUCCAGAUUCAAGCAAUCAAUAAUGAGAUCUGUUCAAAGUUAUAGAAGGAUAAAUUGAAAUAAAACCAAUACAAAAUUUGUCAUCAUUUAUUUACACACACCAAAGAUGUUAUAUUAGAAAUUAAAUCCUAUAUUUUGAUAAAAAAAGGUCCUUUCAUUAAGUAUCUUGGCGCAAUACCUAUUGUUUGAUGCAUGCAUUUAUUGAUAAUAUAAAAUCAAAGAUUCAGUAAGUACUGCAAGACUAUCAUCUUCAGUUGUUAAAAGCUUCUAUGUUUACUGUAUUCAAACAAUCAGACUUUAAUAUUAUUGGAAAUAUUAAUUUUAAUUAAGAGGUAUGUUUAUUCAAAUCAUUAAAAUUAAUUAUCUCUUAAUUUAAAUAAUUUAUCUAUGUCUUGCUUUCUUGUUGUUAUUUUUCUUAAUAUUAUUGGAGUUGUUGUUAUUUGACAACUUAUGUUUCAGUGGAUUAGGUGUGUUAUCACUUUUGGUCAGCAAUCCCAAGCUGGGGUCCUUUUCUUUAGGAGUUCCCGGGCGGCUAUCUAAUCCAACAGCAGCCAACAUUUUGUUAUCUGACCCAAAUGCUUUGUGUAACAUGCCAGAUGAUGUUGCUAUCUUUUGAGUAGCAUUUUGCUUUGUCUGGGCAUGAC